AUGUCCCAACAAACAGCAUCACGUGCCAAGCGCAUCGGAGCGCUCCUCUUCUGCCCCGCGUGUGCAACGCUGCUCGACCUCCCCAGGGACGACCAGGAUGAGAUCGACUGCCACCAGUGUGGUCGCAAAGAGCCAGCAUCGUCAUACGAGAACUUGCCAACCAAGACGUUCUCGUCGGCCGACGCGUUCCCAUCCGCGCUGAAAGCCAAGCGCGCGCUCGUACAGAACAACGUGGAUGAGUCUGAGGCGGCCAAGGACCGUGAUCCGAUUGCCAACGAACGCUGCGACAACUGCGGUCACAUCGGCAUGUCGUACAAGGAGAUGCAGUUGCGUUCGGCCGACGAAGGCUCGACCAUUUUCUACAAGUGUCUCAACUGCGGGCACCAGACGUCGACGAACAACUAG